AGAUCAGGCAUUAAACAUCACACAGGAACCUAUCUAAUAUCAAAAAUAGCAUUUUGUACACAGAAUACAAGUGGAGAUAUAAUUUCUUGUGUACUAAGCAAAUAUUCACAUGAUGCAGAAACAUUUGCAAGUUAAUGAUAAAAAUCAGCCUGAAGCAGAUUUGGCAACCAAAUAACACAGAGAUGAUGUUUGGAUUUGAGUUUUUCUUUUUUUUCAUUUUGCAACAAAUGAGGAACAUGACAUUGACACAAACACACAGUACUUGCUUUCAGAGGGCGUCAUAUUGAGAUAAGCCUUAGAGCAGUUGACAAGGUGAGUGAAGUCAGUACGUUCAUUCUUCCUCAUAGAUGUCUGUGGAAUUCUUCACCUUUAUGUGUGUGAUGUGAAUUUAACAUUUGACCUAAACAGAAGGAGAAACAGUCAGGAUGAUGUGGAGUCUCUUGUUCAUGUCUCUGAUCAGUUUGAUGCUGAUUCCAGAGAACAGGACAUGGUUAGAUUCACUGAUCUACUGCAGAGACCACAACAUGGACCUGGCUUAUAUCCAUGACAAUGAGACCCAGGUCUGGGCUGAGUUGGAGCUACAGAACUCCACCAGUCCCUUUGUGUGGCUGGGCCUUCACUACACCUGCACCUUAGGGUUCUGGUUCUGGGUGGGUGGUCAUCCUCUACAGUACAAAAACUGGGAUCCAAAUGAAAAAGGGGCAAAUGAGUGUGACAUGAGUGUUGCCAUAAAUAAAGACAACCAGUACUGGUACAGCAAACCUGACAAUGAAACAUUUAAUUUCAUGUGUAUCAUAUAAGAGACAUCACUGUCUAUUGUACUGGUGUCGAUGGUGUGACUGUUCAAAUACAUUGAUUUUGUUUGUCUUUUUUAGUCUUUUCUAAAGUCUAUCACAGCUCCUUAGUUUUGCUGAUGUUCACUUGGAGGUGGUUCUGUCCAAACCAGUCCACAAAUCUGUCCACCACUCCCUGAUUCUCUGUGACGUCACCACCCUGGAUUCAUCCUACAGUAGCAGAGAUUAGGAAAAAUUAUCCAAUUUUUAUAUUACAUUUUUUCUAUUUACUGCUCUAUUUACUGCAUAAAUGUUUGUCUGACAUUUACAGUAUAUUCUGUGCAC